CUUUAUUUUAAUAUAUAAAUACAUAUAAAUAAUUAUAUAUUAUAAUAAUAAUAUAAUUGUUUUUGGUUAUUAUUUUUUUUUUAAUAAAUAGAUAUAGUUCACAAUAAUAAUAGUUAUUGGAAAAAAAAAAAAAAGAAAAUGAAAAUUAAUAUAAAAAAAUUAGAUGGUUCAGUUUAUAAUUUAGAGGUUACUCCAGAAACCACAAUUCCAGAAUUAAAACAACUUAUACAAGAUGCCUCCUCAGUCCCAAUCCCACUUCAAAGGGUUAUUUAUAAAGGAAAAUAUUUACGUGAUGAAAAGGAUUUACAAUUUUAUAAAAUUGAGGAUGGUGUAACAUUACAUUUAGCAGAAAGACCACCAGAAUCAACCAAUCCACCACCACCAUCAACUUCAACCACAUCAACUACAUCCACCUCCUCUUCUUCUUCAAGUUCCUCAACAAACAGAAUUCCAAGAAACGAUCUUUUAAAUUCGGUAAUGAGAUCAAUUGUACCAUCACAGGUACCAUUUGACACACAAUUACGUGAUGCAAUUGCAAAUGUUAAUAAUCCAUCCAAUACACUUGUUACAGGUCCAGUCCCACCAGACAGAGAUGGUCAUCCAUAUGACCCACAACAACAACCAUCACACGAAAGACUUUCAGAUUAUUUUGAUUUAACCUUGACUGAAAUUAAUCGUUUGGUUGAACGUAUGAACCAUUUAAAUGAGCAAUUAAGAAAUAAUAAUAAUAUUACUGAUCCAGCACAAAGAGUCCAACUUCAAGCUGAAGCUACUGCUGUUGGAUUAAGUUUAUCAAGACUGUCAAAUGCCACAGGUCUUUUAUCUCAAUGUACAAACGCCUUCCGUACUACCGAUCAACCAAAUGGCACCCAUUUUGUUCCUUCCAUUUCACAAAUCACAUUAAAUUUAGGUCCAAAUGGUAUUACACCUGUUUCAAGUUCUACAAUUACAACACCUGCUGAUUUGCUUUCUUUACAAACUUCUGGUGCUUUACACCCAGUACCAGGCAUUCCAGGAACCUUUAUAUCUCUCGAUUCUGAACCACUUAGAUCAAGACCUGGCACAACAGCUAACUCACAAAGAAAUCCAUCUUCAACCACCACCUCACCAACCACCACAACUACCACCGCUCCAUCCACUACCACUACCAGCACUUCUCCAAGUGACACCACUUCAACUACAACUUCAACAAAUGCAAAUACAAAUCCAAAUGUAUUUACAAAUGUAUUUGUAAAUACAAAUACAAAUACAAAUUCAAACCCAAAUCCAAAUCCAAAUGCAGGACCAAGUGUAAAUGUAGAUGUAAAUGGAGCUCCAGUUUUAGGUGAAGAUAUUAACAAUGUAAUUUCACAAACAUUAAAUGGUCUUUUCUCAUCACUUGGACAACAGCCAAAUAAUAAUCCUUUAGGUGGAAUUCUUAAUAGUGUUUUAUCGAAUAUCCCAGGAGGUUCAAACGAAAAUCAUCUUUCUGAUAUUUUUUCAAAUAUUUCACAAAUGUUCCAAUCACAAAACAAUAAUAAUAACAAUAACUAUAUAUCAAGAGGAACCUCCCCACUUUUAAUUCUUUUUAUUAAUAUGCCACAUCUCCUUAAUGGUUUCCAAUUAAUUUCUAAUGGAGGUGAUGCAGCAGUACGUCAAGGUCACAGAUUGAUAAGACAAAUCUUAGUUCAAGAACUUCUUUCAGGUAAUAGCUCAACAGAUAAUAUAGAUAGAAUGGUUGAAUCAUAUACUGAAAACAUUAGAUAUCAGGUUGCCGAAACUACUUUACCAGAAGAUUUAUCAAGACAUGUUAUCAAUCAAAACUAUCCAGAUAUUGUUGCAAGAUUAGCAAGAAAAUAUUUAAAGAGAUUCCUUUUAAUCUUUAUUAAUCGAAACACUGAUGGCACUUUACAAAACGAAAUUUCUAGCUUUAGUUCAGAUUUUGUUAAAGAAUUAAUUGAAAGUCUUUCAGAAUGUUUUGAUAAUGGUAGUCAAGGUGCUUUUGAUUUAAUCGACACUUUUGUAUAUCAAAAAAUUAUUAGUGAAUCACCAGCUUUAAUCGAAUUUUCAACAAUGACAAGCCAAUAUCUUCGUGAUGUUUAUCAAUCAAAUAAUUCUUCAUCACCAUCAACUACCACCACCCAAACCCAAACCCAAACCCAACCAACUAGUAAUAAUUUUAGUACCACAACAACAACCACCGGAAGACAGUCAUCAAACAGUGGUAGUAUUAUACCACCAGAGUGGAUGGAAACCAUUGAAAUUGAUCAAGCUAGACAAUCAUCAGGUACUACUAGAACUCCAAGCUCAACUUAUUUAAAAGGAAAAACCCCAAAAGUUAAAAAAGAAAAUGAUUCAAAUAACAACAAUAAUACCACUACCACCACUACCACCACCACAACUGCAACCACAUCAGCUCCAUUCCGUCAAAUUUUAGAAAGAUCAGUUGAUGGUACUCAAAUUGAUAGCGAAGAAUUACUUAAAACAGAAGAAGCAAAAAACUUAUCCCAAAUGUACCAAAAUAUCUUUUUUAAAAACGAAUAAUAAAAUAUUAAUAUUAUAAUAUUAAAAUUC